AUGAGCGGUCCCCCUCCGCCGCCUCCGCCUCAUGGCGGAGUGCCAAAGGGUUCCGGUUUGCCUCCAGGCAAAUAUGACAUUUUUGUCAUCCCUGAGCACUCUUCUGGAGGUGGUUUCUUGUACCUGCCGUCUAUGCAACCAAAUUUGAACAGUUUUGCUGCCGGAUUCGCUUCAGCCCUGAUACUCGUCGUUAUUGGUCAAACGUUGGCCCCUUUUUUUCGAACUUUGAUGGCGGGCUCUGAUGGGUUGAAUGGCGCGGCACUGGCAAUGCUUGUUAUUGGUGUUGGCGCUGGAGCAUGGGCAUUGGGCCGUUUUCAGACUCAGGGUAGCGGGUUUCCGAAUGGUCCUGGAAAUAGUGGCUCUGGUAAUGGUCGCGGUGGUCAAGGAGGAUGGCAUUCAAACUCCUGGUCAAACGCUGGAGCACCGCCGCCUCCUCCACCUCAUGGCACUCCUCCUCCGCCUCCUCCUCACCAUGAUACUCCUCCCAGGCCGCCUCCUCAUGGCAAUGGCCCUAGGACAUCGUGGCAAGGGGCUCCCCAGACAGACGAAACUCCGCCGCCGCCACCUCCCCAUUCAGCACGUCAAUCACCUCGAAAUGAUUCUGAGCCACGUUCGCGACCGUCUCCAGAAGCUCGGCCUCCACCUCCGCACACGCCUCCCGAAACACCCCCGCCGAAGCACUCCAAAUCGAAGUCCAAGUCCAAACCUAAGCCGAGAGAUCCCUCACCUCCACCGAAGUCGCGACCCGGAACUCCGCCUCCUCCAAAAUCCAAAUCCAAACCAGCGCCUGACCCAGAAAAGAUCGCAAGAGCCGAAGCUGCCAAAGCCGAAGCUGCCAAAGCCGAAGCUGCCAGAGCCGAAGCUGCCAAAGCCGAAGCUGCCAAAGCUGAGGCCGCUAAAGCUGAGGCUGCCAAGGUUGAGGCUGCAAUGAUAGAAGCUAAAAAGGCCGACGCUGCAAGGAAAGAAGCUGAAGAGGCCGAAGCUGCAAGGAAAGAAGCGGAAGAGGCUGAAGCUGCCAGGAAACAGCGAAAGAUUCAGGCUCGAAAGGCUGAAGCCGCAAGGAAAGAAGCCGAGAGGAUUGAGGCUGAAAAGGCCGAGGCAGCUAGAAAAGAGGCACAAAGAAUCGCAGCUGAAAAGGCCGAAGCCGCAAGAAUCGAAGCUGAAAAGAUCGAAGCGGCGAGGAGAGAAGCCGAAAAGAUCGAAUUAGCAAGGAUAGAAGCGGAAAAGGCCGAAACAGCAAGAAUUGAGGCUGAAAUAGCAGAGAUCGCCAGGAUUGAAGCCGAAAAGUUAGAGGCUGCAAAGGCUGAGGCUGCCAGGAAGAAGAAUUCUUGGGAAAAGGCUCGUGAGGAGAUGAGAAGAAAGGAGGAGGAACGCAAAACCAAGGAAGCCGAACAGAAGCGUCGCGAUGAAGCCGCAAAACGACUUGCGGAGCUAAGGGCAAAGGACGCCAAGGAACGAGAAGAAAGAGAAAAGAAACGCCAGCGCAAGGAGCAGGAAGCACAAGAAAGAAAAGAACUCCUCGAGGCCUCGCAACGUGCCAAGGAAUUAGCGAUCAAGUUGGAGGAAGAGCGCAAAGAACGAGAGCGUCUAGAGAAGGAGGCCAAGGAAAUUCGCGAGCGAGAAGCCCAACGGGAGAAGGAGGCCCGUGACCUUGCAGAGAAAAAGAAGAAGGAAGCCGAUGAACGUGAAGCCAGAAGGAAGAAGUUUGCGGCUGAACGAGAGGCUCUGAGAAAGAAGGAGGCCGAGGAGGCUAAACAACGAGAGGAAGCCCAAAAACGAAAGGAGGCUGAGAAAGCUGAGAAGGAAAAGGCAGAAAAAGAGAGGAUCGAGAGAGAAAAGGCCGAAGCUGAAAAGGCUGAGAGGGAGCGCGCUGCACAAGAAACCGCCUCCCGUCAACCUAGCAGUUACGCCUACUCGGGAGUUGGCGAGAAGAUCAGCAUGUGGCCCAACGGUCGCCCGCCAGCUCCCAAGUCUACCACCUCAUCUUCAACUGCUCACCCACCUGCUCCCAGCACAGCUUCCUCUCAAAGAAAGCCUGCUCCCUCCGCCACUAGGUCCAACGUUUCUGGCGUCAGCACCGAGAAUUCGUAUCGACCUUAUGACAAGCCCAGACAGCCAAGAGAGAGGACUUCCAUGUCUUCCCUCGGCUCCGAAUCGUCUUGGGCGGCUUCUCAGACUACUGGUCGGACAACGCCCCCUCCUUCGAAUCGUACUGGCCCAUACUCUACCAAGGAUCCUGACAAGAUUGUCAUCUCGGGUGUCUACCUGUUCAUGAACCAAUUCUCCAAGACACCUGCCAGUCAGCUUAUCUCUGGUGUUGGAACUGUAACUGACGGACUCAUACUCCGUAUUACUACUGAAGGUCUUUUUAUCGACGAUGAUGUCCGAAAUGUACCACAACGCGAAUGGGAUGUUAAGGCUUGGACCCUGAAACAAGUCGAGGUAUGGUGCCCCCCGCAAUGCUUGAAAUCGUCUUCUGCGUCCCCUGCUUCAAAUCCGAACCCUUUGCUUGAGGCCUCUUCUCGGGCAUGUGAUGCGGCCAAACCUCUGGUAGGCGACGAAGCCGAAGUGUACUUGACCGAGAUGCUGCGCGCAUGCAAAACUUGUUGUCGAAUUGGUUUAUGCGAUAGGAAAUUUCGAGACGCUAACAUUAUUUCUUCAACUGGACAGACUGGAGAAUGGAAAUCGAAGGGCUUGCAUAUUGUGCGUGCCUCCGUUCGAGAUCAAGAAGGAAAGCGAUACUUGUUUGUCGUUGAUGAGUCGGAGGCCUGGAAGGUAUCAGUUGGACUUCAACGACUCCGCCGCGGUACCCAAGUUCGACAGCUUGCUGUCAGCGGUAUGGCAGCCGCAGAUGCCCGAGGCACCCUCGAGAUGCUUGGAUGGGCUUGA